ACAAAUUCUAAAAAACAGCAACAUCAUUGUUCAACGCUGAAAUUAAAUUUGUUUUAAGCGAAAUUCAAGCUUGCUACUGCAUUAAAAUGGAAACCUCCGUCAAAGUGACUCCCCAGAUGCCGAGCAGCUUCAAGGAGUUUGCCGGCCAUGUCGAGCCCCGGGACGAGAACUGUGCCGCUCAGCUUCGUUUCGGCCACCCCCUGAAGCAGUCGGAACUGAAUUACGACCAGCACCGCCAGAACCUGAACCUGCAGAUGCUCCGGAACCGGGAAGGGCUGGCCGCCCCCCUCAAGCUUACCAUGGAGCUCAAGUCGGUCUCGAAGGUGGGCCAUCUGCCGUUCCUGCCGUCGACGAACGUGGCCCGGGAUGUGCUUACGGGGCGCGAUGAGCUGAUCGAUUACACCGACAUCUUCAACCUGGCGGAGAACUCGGAAAUCAUGGCCCAGCCCCAUGCCGUCAUGGAGAAGAAUUUGGGUAUUUUGUAAGGGGUUUGUGAUUAAGCUGUGAGUGGAUGUUAAGUUAUGCGGUUGGAGGAUAUUUCGUAUGCUUUGAAUAAACAUUUCUCGAGAAUAAAACUGGA